CGUCAAUUUCUGGCCUUAGAAAAAUAAAACAGAGAACCAAAUUUCUGCCAAAAGCUCUUCUUCUACAAAGACCAGAAGAUGAACACUAAGCUAUCACUUUCUCAGACCAAGAUCCUCACUUUCACAACUCGAUUCAACGAUACUCGAAGUGGCUUAGAUAGACGCUCAAGCAUUUCCCCGACUCUCAGCUCCAAGCCUGUCUACUCCGGUGAACUCAAGGCUGCAAAAGAGACAGCAAGAAUUGAGCCAUCGAAUACUAAGAAUGCCAGUAUUCAGGACAGCUUUUUCUCGAAAAUUGCAAUCAAUUAUUUAUCAAAGAAUCUUCAAGACGCAGCAGGGAUUAGUAGUAGCAGUAAGAGUACCGAUUAUGAUAGGUUAGUGGACACGGCAACUAGGGUUGCGCGUAACUUUGACACCAAGCAACAACAUGAGUUUGUUCUUAGCUCUUUGGACAGAGCGCUACCGACAGUGAUAAGCUCCUUGAUCAAAAUGGCAUUUCCACCUUCAAAACUCUCGAGGGAGCUCUUCGCUCUUUUCACGACGAUAUCUUUCGUUUGGCUUGUUGGACCUUCAGAGGUGAGGGAGACUGAGGUUAAUGGAAGAAAAGAGAAGAGUGUUGUGUACAUAGAGAAGUGCAGGUUUCUUGAGCAGUCAAAUUGUGUUGGCAUGUGCACUCAUAUUUGUAAGAUUCCAUCCCAAAUCUUCAUCAAAAACUCACUUGGAAUGCCUAUCUACAUGGAGCCCGAUUUUAAUGAUCUUAGCUGUAAGAUGAUGUUUGGUCGGGAGCCUCCAGAGAUCGAAGAUGAUCCUGCUAUGAAACAACCAUGCUUUGAAUUCUGCAAAUCAAACAAAAGCUAUGGUGUGAAGCAUUAGAGCUAGUAUUAGAGAGAUUAGAUAUAAUUGUGAUAUCAAAACAUAUUUAAGUUUUUCUUUUAAAGGUAUACCAGAUCUUACAAUUACAGAA